UAAAAUCCUCGGGUAACUGAGACUCCCGUCGGAAUCGCCGCCUGCUUAGACUUUGUAUCUCGAUCAUCCCAAGGAGGGCUUUCUUCACAGCGACCCCAAAUGGCGACGCCGCCUCCGGAGGCCCCCUCUGACUUCAAGAAGGAGGAGAAGCCUCAACUGCCGCCGUCGCCCAAUGGAGUCUCGCCCGCUGCCGUCGACCGCGCAAGUCCGCAAGAUGCUGUAGCCAGUGCUAAGCCGGAUGCGCCGGUUGAUGGUGCAGGAAAACCUUCAGAGGAGAUUACCGCCGCUUCCGUGAAUGGACAUGAUGCCGAACAACCUUCCGUUACAAACGGCUUGGCUGCAACCGCUUCUCCACCAAAGUCACCUUCUUUGCCGAGCGCAGACACACCCGCACAGCCAGCCGUCGCGUCCGAAGAUAAGAAGCCUUCAAACGUGGAUUCAGUUGCGGCUGGUCAGGGAGACAAGCCUUCGGGCAGUAACAGUGCGCCUGUUACUGACAAGGCUCCGGGCUCGGCUGCAGACCCUCUUAGCCCAAAAAACACACAGGCGUCACCGGAUACGUCAAAGCCCUCAACUGAUACGUCCGAUGCCAAAGUGGAGAGCACUACACAAUCAUCACACAAUGCUGGACCUGUGAGGACAGAACUUCCCCACCAUCCGUCCAACAGUCCAUCCAAGAGCGUUGACCACGAGAUGCGCGAUGCCCCGGAUGUUCCAGUGUCUCCCACUAAAGUCACGAGAGAGCGAGAGUCUGAUCAUGGUGAUGAGCCAGCUGCUAAGCGAACCAAGAUUGGUGGUGGAGGCCCAUCUGCAACCGAUUUCAAGGUUCCCAGCUUGCCUACACCGGCUACUGAAAGCCGCUCCGCCAAUUCGAGUAACGGCUACAGUGGGAUGACUAAGGUUCAACACAAAUUCCUGCUCAAAUCGAUUCAGAGCCUGAAGCGCAUGCAUGACUCGCGCUUCUACAGAGAACCCGUGGAUCCGAUCAAGUUGAAUAUUCCUCACUAUCCGCAGAUCAUCAAACAACCCAUGGAUUUAGGCACUAUUGAACGCAAACUCAAGUUCAAUGAGUAUAGAACUGCUCAAGCUGUCAUCGAUGAUUUCAGACUCAUGUGUCAGAAUUCCCUAACUUUCAAUGGUCCCGAUCACCCGGUCGCCCAAGAAGGUCAGAAACUCAGAGCAACUUUCGAGAAGCAGAUGCACAACCUCCCCAGACCGGAUGAGAUGGAAGACAAGAAGCCAAAGAAAUUCCCUCCCAAGACGUCAGCAGCCCGUCGAGAACCUCGGGCGGCGCCCAGUCCAAGUACAGCACGUGCUACCGGCAGUUCUCCCCAGUCUACCACCUUUGCUCUAGGCCCAGAAGGUCUUCCGCUGAUUCGUCGUGACUCUGCUGCGAAUGCGGAUGGACGUCCCAAGCGUUCGAUCCACCCUCCCAAACGUGAUCUUCCUUUCUCUGCAAAGCCCAAGAAGAAGAAGUAUCAAUGGGAGCUGCGUUUUUGCACGGAAGUUUGCGAGGAAAUGUAUAAGCCCAAACAUUUUAACUAUGCGGCGCCUUUCUAUUAUCCUGUGGAUCCUGUCGCUCUCAACAUCCCCACCUACCACAGUAUCAUCAAGAAGCCGAUGGAUCUCUCCACUGUUCAGACCAAGUUGAAGAAUAAUCAAUAUGAGAACGCCAAGGAAUUUGAACUCGACAUGCGCUUGAUCUUCAAGAAUUGUUUCAAAUUCAACAUCCCCGGCGAUCCCACCUAUGUUGCUGGUCAGCGUCUGGAGGAGGUCUUCAAUCAAAAAUGGGCUCAGAAAACCCGCUACCUUGAGGCCCAUGAACCCCACCCUGAGCACCAGAGCGCAGCGGAAUCGUCUGAGGAAGAGAGUGAGGAAGAGGCGGAGGAAAGCGACUACGAUGCUGAGAAACUCAGUAUGCUGCAGAAGCAAAUGGAAGAGAUGACUCGUCAGAUUGAGGCCAUCACCCAAAAGAAGAAGAAGACUCCUCCUGGCUCUAAGAAGCUCAGCAAGUCCAAGCCACCCCUGAAGAAGGAGGUCAAGAAGCCUGGAAGUGUCGGCUUGAGCAGCGUCAAAAAGGAUAAGAAGAGUGGUACCAAGAGUGCCAAGCCUGAAAAACAGCGCUGGGUCACCUACCAAGAAAAGCAGAUCAUCUCCAACGGAAUCAGUAACCUUCCAGAUAAGAAGAUGCAGGAAGCGCUCAAGAUCAUCCAGAGCAACGUCCCAGCUCUCAAGGGUACGCAAGAGACUGAGAUUGAGCUUGAUAUCGAUGAGCUUCCCAACGAGGUUCUACUGAUGCUGCUGCGCUUCGUUAAGAAAAAUGCGCCUCAAGUGAUGGAGCAUGAGGAUGUUGUGACUCCCACAGUGGCAAGUACUACUACCACUGCCGCCCCAAAGCCGAAGAAGAACAAACCCAUGAGCAAGUUCGAGCAGGAGGCGCAGAUCAAUAUGCUCGAAAGCAAUCUGUCGCGCUUCUCACAGGGUGGUGCUGGUCGCUCACCUGACCCCGUUCCCUCUGUCGAGGCCAAUGAAAGUAGUGAUGAUUCGGAAGAUGAUUCUGAGGAGAGCGAGGAGGAGUAAGCGCCUUGUCAUGCGGGAAGCCUACCUGUUCAUCAUGGCGCUUUAGCCGUGGCGUUUACUCAUUUCCCUUAAAGCCAUUGC